GAAAAUUAUAUAAAACGGCAAGGAAUCUAUCAGUUUUGCAGCAAAUGUAUAGUAGUCCAGUUUCUGACUUUACGGUAUAGUUCUGGAAGUACUUAAAAAUGUUUUCAAAGUACAUUGUGUUUUUCUUAAGUGCAGUUGUAUUUGGUGGUGCAAGAUAUGUUUCGGCUGAAUCAUGUCCAUCGCAAGACACGGAGUCGUCGCGUAGGGUCCUUCUUCCACAUGAAUCUGACUGCAGGAAAUUUUAUAUGUGCUCAAAAGGGGACAAACUUGAAUUAAACUGUCCUGAAGAUUAUGCAUUCGAUUUAAAAUAUCGGACGUGUCUACCGCUCGCUGGUGAAUGUAAUCUCUCUAGUUCAGAUGACGAUGAGAGUAAUUCGUUAUCGGAAGGAGAAGCAACCGACGAGAAACAAGAUAGCAUUGACAACGACGACGGUGACGAGGACGAUGCUGAUGAUGACGAAGAUGAUGAUAACAGUGAAGAUGAUGAUGAUGAUGGUAGCAAUGAUAAUGAUGAAGAUGACAGUCAUAGUGAUGAAGAUGAUAAAGAAGCAAAAACAACUUCAGGUGUUAAACCAACAACUGAAGCAGCUAUCACAACUGAGAAAGCAACAACAGUAGAAGCAGAAGUAGAAACAGUUGAAGAGGAUGAAGACGAUGAUGAAGAAACAACGAUAGAAGUUUUGUCUACAACUGAAGCAGCUACUACAACUACAGCACCAACAACAGUAGGAGAAAAAGAGGCAACUGAAGAAGAAGACUAUGAUGAUGAUGAUGAAGAAACAACAAUAGACUUAUUGCCUACAACCGAAGCAGCUACCACAACUGCAGCACCAACAACAGUAGGCGAAGAAGAAUCAACAGAGGAAGAUGAAGACGAUGAUGAAGAAACAACGAUAGAAGUUUCGCCUACAACUGAAGCACCUACCACAACUACAGCACCAACAACAGUUGCAGAUGAAGAAACAACAGAAGAAGACGAAGAUGACGAUGACGACGAAGAAACAACAAUUGAAACCUUGCCCACAACUGAAACACCAGUUGCAACAACUGAAGCUAUAAUAACUAAGGCGCCUGCUACAACAACUGAAGAACCUUUGUCCACAACUGAAGUAGUAGGUGCAACGGAAGCCCCGGUCACAACAACUGAAUCUACAGCAACUGAGUCACCUGUUACAACAACUGAAGUACCAGCCACAACAACUGAAUCUACAGCAACUGAGUCACCUGUUACAACAACUGAAGUACCAGCUACAACAACUGAAUCUACAGCAACUGAGGCACCUGUUACAACAACUGAAGCACCAGCCACAACAACUGAAGAACCUUCACCUAUAGGGGGUUGUCCUGGUAACGAAAGUGCACUGUUGCCCCAUGAGUCGGAUUGUAGUAAAUUUUACAUCUGCUCAAACGGAGUUGCAGUUUCGACAGAUUGUCCUGGCGGUUUGUAUUUCAAUCCCGAAGUGAAUGUUUGCGAUUGGCCUGGUAAUGUACCUUCAUGUUCGGCAAAGUCGGAACCGCCCGCGAGCAGUACUCAGGCCCCAGAAGUUCCCUCUACCGAGGCUCCCUCUCCAACAGAAUGCCCAGCGGUCGACCCCCUGGAUCAUGUAGUUUUUCUUCCUCACAAGUCGGAUUGCUCUCUAUUUUACAUGUGUUCAAACGGAAUUCCGUAUUUAAUGGUCUGCCCUGCUGGGUUAUAUUUUAAUACAAAAUUGGACGUAUGCGACUGGCCGGAAAACGUUGAGUGUGGAACAACCGAAACACCUGGUGCUACAACAACGGAGACACCCGUCAAACCACCUGCAACCGAAGCGCCUGCCACAACAACCGAAGCAACUGCUACAACAACUAAAGGACCCAGAACAACCGAAGAACCUUCCCCUGAAACGGAUUGUCCUGUGGACCGUUUUGUAUUGCUACCCCAUGAGUCGGAUUGUAGCAAAUUUUAUAUCUGCUCAAACGGAGUUCCUGUUUUGACAAAUUGCUCUAGUGGUUUGUAUUUCAAUCCGGAUUUGAAUGUCUGUGAUUGGCCUGGUAAUGUACCUUCAUGUUCGUCCAUUUCGACACCAACUGUUACUAGCACCCUGGUUCCGGAAACAUCCACUACCCUCGCCCCUUCUCCAACAGAAUGUCCAGCCGUUGAUCCCAUGGAUUAUACAGUUUUUCUUCCUCACGAGUCGGAUUGCUCUAGUUAUUAUAUGUGUUCAAACGGGGUUGCCCACUUAAUGGUCUGUCCAGAUGGAUUACAAUUUAAUACCGAAUUGGACGUUUGCGACUGGUCAGAGAAUAAAGUACUCUUCGAUUUCGGACAAUUUUUUCCCGUGGGUUUCUGGAAGAAUGACGAAGGUGUAGACGAUCCCAAUAACGGAAACCGCGGCAAAGAAGAACUGGACACCAAACAUGAGGAAAUGGGCUAUGCCCAUCGUGAGACUGUGGGCCACCCCUCGUAUCUCCAAUGGAUACAACUCGGCAGUCAUGGUCCAUGGUAUAGUAAGAAGACCAAAACUGGAAAACACCACGUAGACAAAUGUGGUCAAAAUUUUUGUACGUCUACUAAUAUGUCUACUAAAAAUCUGAGUGCCCCUAAAGCCCCUGGUCCAUUUACAAGAGACUAUAACGAAAUAAAACAUGCCGCAAAAGCGGUGGGUAGAGACGAGCAGUUUACUUCCCAUAGAAAAGGUCACCGUGAGAGGUCGUCCAGUCCAUCAGACAGAACUGGAGGUCACAAAGCUCGUAGCGAACCAAAGUUUGAAGGUGGCGGUCGUAAGAAAGAUGAGAAGAAAGAGACCAUCCACGAAUUCCCUGAAAACAAUUCAAGUUUCCGUGUAGGUUCCGCAAUCAUAUCUGCAAACGCUUCGGAAACCCGGUCGGGAGAGACUACCAUGAAUAGCGAGAUGAGGGGCACCGUACCGCUCUACGGAAUUCCGAGCAAAACCAACGAGGUUCAAACGGAAAAGGGUUCAAAAGCAAGCAAAGUUUAUGGAAUGUCACCCGUAGAAGGAAGCGUCUUGUCUCCGGGCAAGUUGACCAUGAUUUCGCCGUCUCUUAACCCAUCCGAGUACCAUAAAAUGUACCAAGUGGGAGACAUGAUGAAGGGAAAGGUGAAUGCCAAGGAACUCCAAGCAGCCUUCGAAGUGUUUCAAGGGAAACACUUUUCGGACGCUUCCUGUAAGUUCGUGGUGAGACUGUUCGAUCUCGAUAAGGCCGGAGGAUUAGAUACGAAAGAGUUCGAAACGUUGUAUUUUUUCGUUAAGCAGUGGGUCGAAGCCUUCAACGCAUAUGACACCGAUAGGACUGGGUUUCUGAACGAAUCCGAGUUCGACUACGCGUUGAGAAAGAUGGACAUUAACUUUUCGAAGGAGUUCAUCAAAUUUCUUUUGACCAAGCAUGAUCCGACCAACAGGAAGAUCUCGUUGGACCAGUUCAUACUCUUCUGCAUCCAGGCGCAAAGGUUCACCGAGGAGUUCAAGUCNGCCCCGGUCACAACAACUGAAUCUACAGCAACUGAGUCACCUGUUACAACAACUGAAGUACCAGCCACAACAACUGAAUCUACAGCAACUGAGUCACCUGUUACAACAACUGAAGUACCAGCUACAACAACUGAAUCUACAGCAACUGAGGCACCUGUUACAACAACUGAAGCACCAGCCACAACAACUGAAGAACCUUCACCUAUAGGGGGUUGUCCUGGUAACGAAAGUGCACUGUUGCCCCAUGAGUCGGAUUGUAGUAAAUUUUACAUCUGCUCAAACGGAGUUGCAGUUUCGACAGAUUGUCCUGGCGGUUUGUAUUUCAAUCCCGAAGUGAAUGUUUGCGAUUGGCCUGGUAAUGUACCUUCAUGUUCGGCAAAGUCGGAACCGCCCGCGAGCAGUACUCAGGCCCCAGAAGUUCCCUCUACCGAGGCUCCCUCUCCAACAGAAUGCCCAGCGGUCGACCCCCUGGAUCAUGUAGUUUUUCUUCCUCACAAGUCGGAUUGCUCUCUAUUUUACAUGUGUUCAAACGGAAUUCCGUAUUUAAUGGUCUGCCCUGCUGGGUUAUAUUUUAAUACAAAAUUGGACGUAUGCGACUGGCCGGAAAACGUUGAGUGUGGAACAACCGAAACACCUGGUGCUACAACAACGGAGACACCCGUCAAACCACCUGCAACCGAAGCGCCUGCCACAACAACCGAAGCAACUGCUACAACAACUAAAGGACCCAGAACAACCGAAGAACCUUCCCCUGAAACGGAUUGUCCUGUGGACCGUUUUGUAUUGCUACCCCAUGAGUCGGAUUGUAGCAAAUUUUAUAUCUGCUCAAACGGAGUUCCUGUUUUGACAAAUUGCUCUAGUGGUUUGUAUUUCAAUCCGGAUUUGAAUGUCUGUGAUUGGCCUGGUAAUGUACCUUCAUGUUCGUCCAUUUCGACACCAACUGUUACUAGCACCCUGGUUCCGGAAACAUCCACUACCCUCGCCCCUUCUCCAACAGAAUGUCCAGCCGUUGAUCCCAUGGAUUAUACAGUUUUUCUUCCUCACGAGUCGGAUUGCUCUAGUUAUUAUAUGUGUUCAAACGGGGUUGCCCACUUAAUGGUCUGUCCAGAUGGAUUACAAUUUAAUACCGAAUUGGACGUUUGCGACUGGUCAGAGAAUGUUAAUUGUUAACAA